GCAACGUAUUUUGCAAAAACUUCACUUCAAGGAUUAUUGGUAAUAACGAUUGGAUUUACGCUAUAUUCAUUCCAAAUCUCGAGUGUAUCUGUAUCUCAGACGGAUAUUGCACCAAAAUAUGCUGGCAUAAUAUAUGGCUUAGGAAAUACUGUUUCAGCGGUUCCAGCUUUUUUUGGUGUGGCAUUAACAGGUUGGAUAUUGGAAACUACUGGUAAUGAUUGGAGAGUUAUUUGGUCUAUGUGUUCUUUGUUCUAUAUUUUUGGUGCGUCAUUUUUCGUAUGCUUGGCCGGUGGAGAGGUAAUAAUUGAUUGA